AUGGCGAAGAGCAGGGGAAGCUUCAUCGGCGGUGUCCUUCCUCUCCUCUUCCUGCUCGCCUGCGCCACUCCGGCGGUGGUGGCGGAUGGCGGGGAGGAUGACGGUGGCGCGAUUUCCAGAUUCCAGCAGUACCUCCAGAUCAACACCGCGCAUCCGACGCCGGACUACGCCGGAGCCGGUGAGUUCAUCCUCUCGCUGGCCCGAGAGCUCGCACUCGGCUCGGAGGUCCUCGAGUUCGUGCCUGGGAAGCCCCUCUUCCUUCUCAAGUGGGCGGGAAGGGAUGCCUCCCUCCCCGCCGUUCUCCUCAAUUCCCACACCGACGUCGUCCCCGUCGAGGCACACAAGUGGAGCCGUUCGCCCUUCGCCGCCUCCAUUGAUCCUGAGACCGGGAACAUCUACGCGCGUGGCUCGCAGGACAUGAAGUCCGUGGGGAUCCAGUACCUGGAGGCCAUCCGCCGGCUCAAGGCUGCCGGAUUCGUGCCCGAUCGGACGAUUUACUUGUCCUUUGUGCCGGACGAGGAGAUUGGUGGGAGGGACGGAGCUGAGGCAUUCGCGGUGUCCGAUAAAUUCCGGGAUAUUGGGGUCGGAUUCGUGCUGGACGAAGGUCUGCCAUCUGCUGGAGGGGAAUACAGGGUUUUUCAUGGAGAGAGGAGCCCCUGGUGGACCGUGAUCAAGGCUUUUGGGGCGCCUGGCCACGGCGCCAAGUUGUACGACAAUAGCGCCAUGGAGAACCUGGUUAAGAGCUUGGAGGUAAUAAGGAGGUUCAGGGCGGCGCAGUUCCGCCUGUUCAACGCCGGGGAGAAGGCCGAAGGGGAGGUGAUAUCAGUUAACAUGGUCUAUUUGAAGGCCGGGACACCAUCCCCCACUGUAAGCUCCUCAUCUCGCCUCUCCAAUUUUUUUAUUCAGGAAAUCCAUCUCAGUAGAAGGAUAAACAGCAAACGUGAGCCGAAUGACUGGAUCGCACAUGAUCUUCUCUUGAUCUGAAGUUGAUCAUUGCCGCCGGUUUCAUGAGAAAUAUUGUGCAUUCUCGUAGACUUAGAGCAGCAGUAAUCUCUUCUUAGCUCCCCCUCUGAGAUUAUUCGUAUUCGUUGACCUAUUCCCUUGCUAGAAUCCAUGGAUGCUCCUCUCCCUUUCCAGUACCCACUGGAGAAUCUCCUUGUCUUCUGUGUUUCUGGUAUAUUUUUUCCAGACAGAUUACAUUCCUAAUGAUGGCUUCUUAUGAAGCCUCCGUCAUUAAUUUUGACGAUUUGUGGCACAUUUAGUUGACACUUUGAUUCUGUAAUUACUCCAAUUGAGGUACAUUUAAAUUUGACAUCCUCUCCACUGAUUAUAUUCACAAUGUUUUCUGCUUCCUUCUGCGGAUGAUAUGACUUCCAUUCAGAAGCGGCGUAAUUUCUCUUCUGUUCUUGCUUGAUGGUUGACCAAUUCCUUCUCUGUGCUUUCCCUUCUCAGGGUUUCGUGAUGAACCUGCAGCCAUCUGAAGCAGAGGCGGGUCUUGAUAUCAGGGUUCCUCCAAAUGUAGAUACUGAAGCCUUGGUGAGAAGGAUUGCCGAUGAAUGGGCUCCUUCUUCACGUAAUAUGACAUUCGAAGUAAUCAUCUCUGAUUGAAAUUUUUCUCGGCUUCCUCACCUAACAAGAGUUGACUUCUUUGAAUAUUUAUAUUUCUGGUUGGUUUUUUAGAAACUCGUUCAUGGUUCUUCCCAUGUUGGGUAGUUUAAGGUGAAGGUGCCCGUGGAGGACAUGUACGGGAAGCCAGCCAUCACCCCUGUUGAUAGCUCUAAUCCCUGGUGGGCGCUCUUGGAGGAUGCUGUGAAGAAAGCUGGUGGCAAGCUCAGCAAGCCGGAGAUCUUCCCCGCUUCAACGGAUGCUCGCUCUUUCCGUCAACUUGGCUUGCCGGCGAUCGGGUUUUCUCCCAUAGCGAACACUCCCAGUCUCCUCCAUGACCAUGACGAGGUUAGUGCCACCUUGGGUUCGCAUCCAGAUCGUCAAGAACCCUUAAGAAGCCUAUCCUCCUUCAUCAGAGGUUCAUCAUAUUACCCUUUUGCUCUGCAGUAUCUGGGCAAAGCUGAGUAUCUGAAAGGAAUUACAGUCUAUGAAUCGAUCAUCAGAGCGUUUGGAUCCUACACUCUGGAGGGCUCGAGGACCAAAGACGAGCUGUAG